AUGGCAGACAAGUUAACAAGAAUAGCUAUUGUUAAUCAUGACAAAUGUAAGCCAAAGAAGUGUCGUCAAGAGUGCAAGAAAAGUUGCCCUGUUGUACGAAUGGGAAAACUGUGCAUUGAGGUCACUCCACAGAGUAAGAUUGUAUGGAUUUCAGAAACACUCUGCAUCGGAUGUGGUAUCUGUAUCAAGAAAUGUCCCUUUGGCGCUUUGUCCAUUGUUAACCUGCCGAGCAACUUGGAAAAGGAAACCACUCACCGAUAUUGUGCCAAUGCCUUUAAGCUUCACAGGAGUCUAUGCAAAUGCAAAAGCAGCUGA